AUGGCGAACCUCGUGGCGGGGGGCGUCAAGUCUCUGGGAGAGAUGAUCGCGGGGGACGAGUCCGCCACCGAGCAGGUCGCGCAGGCCUGGGGCUGCAUGGACACUCUGAACCCGUACAGUCGGCUCGAGAAGCCCACGCGCUUCGAAUCAGACCCGCCUGGUUGCUAUCGUCUCCGAGACAUGCCACUGAGAGACAUCGACAACGUGGUAAAAGUGAAGCACGUCGUGGAUUGGAUCAAGAUUGGAACGGAGUGCCAGGAGCUUCCCGACACAAGUGCUGUGGACAUGGUCGACAUCAUGCGCCGCGGCGACUACGCGUCCUUGCCGUCUCCGUUCAAGCCGAAGAAGGACACGGGAGAGCUGGCGUUCACAAUGCAGAUCUACGUUCUGCCCACCGACCCUGAUGGGGUGCAGUCUGUGCUGAAGUAUAUCAAGUUCGACGACAGUAUUCGCGUGGACUUGGUGAAAGAUGUGUUCAUCGUGGGCACGCCGCUGACGAUCCACUGGGGCCGCACUUCUGACACGAAGAAGGUUCGCAAGUUGUUCCACUUCAUGAUGGACCGCCUUGGGGGCGUGCAGUACCGAUACUUCGCGCAGCCGUCCGUGAAGAAGGCAGCUGAAGCGGGCACUUACGACAGGAUUGCUCGAACGGCUGGUUACGCCUUCAUUCGCGAUCAUGGACCACGGAGCAAUGCCCAGAACCAAUUCGUCGAGUGGACGGAUGAUCAGAUCCACCUCGAGAGCAGUCCGAUCUUCGGGUGGACGCCUGGGGAUGUCAAGGACCAGGCGGCUAAACGGACGCGCGGCGUAGAGCGCGUCCCCUUCGCGCUGGGCGCAGACCUGAUCGAGAGCUUGCGGAACUACGCCAACGGCACCGUGGGCGCGCGGACGUUGAUGUCGUGGUGCCACACUUUGAGGCAGUUCCAUCCGACGAUCCUGAACAACAUCAUUGCCCCCGCACUGCGCACUCACGAUGUACAUUCGAUCAUGUGGAUCGGGAAGACUCGCGUCGGGAAGUCGUCCGCUUCUAAGACGACCUGCUUCGCCAUCUCGGCUUACCAGAUCGACAAGCACGGCCGCUCUGACCUGAAGCCGAGCGUCGUCACCUCCAAGAGGAUUGAUUUCUUUCGCCUCGAGCCAGGGAGCCUCUUCAAGCCCGCGAUUGCCGACGACACGGUGAUGUCGAAGUGGGGCACAGACGACGUCAAGGCGUUCCACGACCCGGCCGAAGAGGACGCCUUGCUCUGGGCUCGAUGGGGCGGCGCGCAGUUCAUGAUGAACCAGGCGCGGCAAUCCUGCGUGAACGCCUACGACAAGGAUUUUGAGGCCCGCGUCCAGCCCGUUCGGCCUGGAGCCGAGGCAAUCUCCUUUGACGAUUUCGUCCGCAUUAUCCAGGCGAACUUUCCCCGCGACGCGCGGGGGUCGUUCGAGAUGGCAGACGCGGAGGCGUACCUCGCGAGGAGCCACGUUGUCCUCCUGUCGGACAAGCGCAUUUACUUCCGCCUGGCUUCCACGGACAAGGAGUCGGUGCCGUUUUUUGCCUGGCCGAACCCAGCCCAGCCCGACCUGUUCGUGCCCGAAAGCAGAGACACCAUGAAGAAGUACAAGAAGGACCAGACGUACAAGCCGCCUAACUUCGAGAUCGACUUCAAGUGGGGCCAGGCAUUCAUGCGGAGGCUUGCAAGAGGCGAGGCAGUGCAGCCAGCCGUCACAGUGCGAGGCCCUACGCUGUUCGACGCCCAGGCGCCAGACCGCUUCUUCUACCCUCCGAUGGGCGAGGGAGCGGAGGCGCCGACGCGCGCGGCCCCUCCCCCUCUGAUGGGCGAGAGCACAGAUGCGCCGCCGCGCGCGGCCCUUCCGCGCGGCGGCUGCCCAGUGGACUCACAGGACAAGGUCGACAGGGACCGCGAGAUGGCCAAGUACCUGGGCGGUUUGGCGAGGGCGCACGACCGCGAGAGCAUCGACCUCUUGAGCCCACCCAAGAAGGCCGCGAAGAGCUUCAAUAAGCUUUUUGCGUCUUGUCCUCGAGACAUCGACCUGGACGGCGCUUCCAGCGAGGACUCACCAUCGGCGCGGCGCGCGCGCGCCGUGUUCGAUGCCGCCGAUGCCGACGAGGAGGCCGCGGCAGCGUUGGGGAUCAUGUCAGAGCAAGCGGAAGCGGAGGCGGGCAUGCCCGCCCCCGCGCGACCAGGGGCGGCCUCGGACAGCGGUAAUCUUCGCCCCGUCAAGUUGGAGCCAGGCGUCUUCGCCAAACUGGCGCCCUCGGGCGGCCCGCCGCUGAUCAUCGAUGACAGCGACGAAGAGGCGCCCCAUGGCACGGGCGACGGCCUCUUCGGUGCAGGUUUCAAGAACUGUUGCAUGGUCGACGCCCUGAACGCCCUCGGAUUCAACGUUCCGUACACCCAGGAUGGGCCGUUCAGCAUCAACGAUGCCGAGGCCAUGAUCGCUGGAGACGGGUGCGUGAUCGCCCGUGCGUCCAUCCGCGGAGCUUGCGCCGUGCCCACAGGCCGCUACAUCGCAACGUACGGCUCUGCGCCUGGGGUGACGGGGCACGCCGUGGCCGUUCUCGUCUUCCUCGGAGGAUUCAUCGUGUUCGACGGUGAUGUGCGCGCCUGCCACACGGGCCACGUCUCGUGGCAUAUCAUGCCUGAGGGCGUGCGUGCCGAGGAAUGCAAUUGGUGGCAGGUUCGGGGUGCCUGA